AUGUCUGCGAAAUCAAAUAUCUCAGCAAGAUCUAAGAAACCUGACCAUGAAACAGAGGAGCGAGCACCCAGCGCUGUAUCAGCGAAGUCACAUGUAUCUGCAAGAUCAAGGAAGUCCAAAGUUUCUGAAGUUGCCGCUGAAGAAAAGGCUGCAGAGCAGGUAGAGGAACAUGUGGGAAAAGCAACAAGCGCUGUGUCGGCUAAUUCUCCAAGUUCAGCCGGAACCCACGCAUCUGCCAAGUCCCACGCAUCUGCUAAUUCUCCAAGUUCAGCCGGAACCCACGCAUCUGCCAAGUCCCACGCAUCUGCUAAGUCUCCAAGUUCAGCCGGAACCCACGCAUCUGCCAAGUCCCACGCAUCAGACAGAACAAACGCAUCAGCCAGGAUCCACGGAUCAGACACAUGUAUUUUCUGUAACUCCAAACCCAAAGAUAGCAUAACUGCUGAAGUGACUGAGAAUAGCAUAACUGCUGAAGUGACUGAGAGACCUAAAAGCAACAUGUCCAAUGUGUCGUCCCACCUGCAAGUGAAAGGACAAAAGGACAAAAACAAUACGGGUGACGCCAAAAGCGACAAAGGGAGUGAUAUUUCAAUGAAGACAAACAGAUCAAAGACUGCCACUAGAGAUCACGUAGACACUCCCAGACCUAACUCUAUUGCAUCAGAGAGUCAUCUCACUCCUUCUCCACCACACUGCCCUCCAACCCCUAGAAAAAUGAAACAACCUGUUAUUCUACUUGGUUUUUCGAGUGACAGUAACAAGUUACACACAGCAGAUCCUAGGAAGGAGAGCUCUAACAUCUUACGUGAUGGUCCCUUAGAAGCGACAUACAGGAAUGUCAGUGACAACAAAAGUGACAAGAGCAGCAAGUGCAAAAACAGGAAAGGGGUUUCCUCUCGCAGUUCCUCCUUACAGUUGCUGGAAGGAGAUGUCUCUGAGCUGGUUCCCUCCAAUCUACCAAACGCCUCUCCAGCAGAGGUGGUGAAUGAGUGGCUUAAGAAAAUACCGUCUGACAGUGCGAUGUACGACAUUGGGGAUGAAUUCAGUGACAGAGGCCAUUCACCGGAGCUGGCACCAAAGGAAACAACGAAUGGGACGGAGGAGAACGAUGUCACUGCUGUGUGUACGACUCAAAUAGAAAAGGAAGAGCCCAAAGAGACAUCAGCCAACCAUGUGGCUGAUGGUGAGGAGCCAGCAGAGACCCCACCUGAGACCCCACCAGAGGGCACCGCUCCACAGGAGGACAUAUCAAAGAGCUUUCACUCCUCAGUGCAGGUGAUGAAAGUACUGUUGAGUCCCACACUUGACCGGUGUCACAGCUUACCUGAAGUUUCCCCAGUGUACGGACGUAAAUUGAGCACCUCAGCCAGAGGUCUCCUGGAUUGCCUCGCAAAGCUGCAGUUGAUAGACUUUGAUCCCAAUGACGAUACAAAUGCCAAGGAAGCAAGAUACAGAGAGCUAAUGAACAUCCUCCAGUCCCUCUGGUUGUGUGACCCUGCAGAGAAUCAAAAGACACAGCAGAAUGGCUGUGAUCAACACUCUGUGGACGGUGACACCAAAGCAAGGUCCUCCUCUGGGGUGGACGUCAGCAGUGGCUCAACAGGCUCAGGUAAGAGCUCAGGUGGUUUGGCUCAGGCACCGAACACAGAGGGGGAAGCAUUGCUGAGGGUACAAGAAGUUUACGAAACUGCAGAGGAACAGGAAAGCCCAGCGUCCUCAAUCCCUAUGUCUGAUCCAGCCACUCCGGACGUAGCCAGUCAGGUCCAAUGGACCACAGAGGAAGGAGGAGGAGAAGGAGGAACAGCAGUGGAGGAAGAGAAACAAAAAGACGAAGACAUCCCGGCAUCUGAUGACACCAUUAGAAAUGAAAGUCUGAGAGAAUUACCAGAAACACCCCCGUCUUCCAACAAGAGCUCAGACCCUCGAGAGGACACAACCUCUGGCUCUCCUCCAUCUGUCCAAAGGGCACAACUAGCCAAAAAGGUUUCCCUGGAUCCUGAUCCUGUCUGGGUUUUGAAGUUACUGAACAAACUAGAGAAGCAGUUCAUGACACAUUAUGUGGAUGCCAUGGCUGAGUUCAAGGUUCGCUGGAAUUUGGACGACAGCGAACAUCUCGAUGCCAUGAUAGCCGAACUGAAAGACGAUGUGCAUAGGAGGAUACAAUUAAGCAUUGACAGAGAACUAAGGAAGCUCCACGGUCGGGGUGGAAGACCAAGACCACCCAAAGAAGAAUUGUCACGAGAAUCAAGUGCGCAAACUGAGACGAGGCGAAGAAGACUGAAGGUCGUGCGAUCUAUUGGUUACCGAGAGGAGAAAAGCGACGAUGCAACCGGCACUUCUUUCAGUGACCAACGGAGUGAUGAUGAAUAUUGCCCUUGUGAAACCUGUAUAAAAAAGAAACUGGAUUUAGGGCCACUGCUUCCUGCAGAGGUUUUGCAUAUUGCUCCAGUCAUGAUGGCUUUUGAUCUAAAGUCAAUCCUCCAGUUGAAAAAGGACAAUCCUCCACAGAUACACAAAGAAGUCGAUGUUACAGAUGAGACUGGAGGUAUAGAUGAAGCAAAAGCAGCGGAAACUCUUGUUGGAAACGUUAUCAACGGGCCUAAGAAAGAGGCGGAGGAAUUACAAGAACAGGAAGAUGCUGAACAGGAUGAUGAAAUGGCUGAUGAAGCUGAGGCAGCAGUAGAAGAGACAGCUAAAGAUGAAGCAGGAGAAGAAGAUGAAGCUGAUAUUGCUGAAGAUGAAGAAACUGUUGACGCAGAAACUCCAGAAGACGAAGCAGUAGAAGAGGAGGAGGAAGCUAAAGCAGAAACAGCAGAAACUGAGAAAGUAGAAGAUGAAGCAGGAGAAGAAGAAACUUCUGAAGCAGAGACAGCAGCUGAUGACGAAACAGCAGGAGAAGAGGACACUGCUGAAGUAGAGACAGCUGACGAAACAACAAAAGAAGCAGCAGAAGAAGAAACUGAUGAAGCAGAAACUGUUAUAGCAGCAGGAUCAACAGCAGAAGAAGUGGAAAGUGUUGAAGCAGAAACAGCUGAUGAUGAAAUGGCAAGAGAGGAAGAAGCUGAAGCUGAAACUGCAGAGGCAGAGACCGCUGAGGAUGAAGCAGGAGAAGACAAGGAAGCUGAAGUAGAGGGAGAAGAGACAGCAGAAGAUGAAGCAGAAGAUGACACUGUUGAAGCUGAGAGUGCCAAAGUAGAAUCAACUGAAGAUGAAACUGCCGGAGAAGACGAGACUGUUGGAGAGGAGGAGAGUGCUGAGGCAGAGAAAGCAGGAGAGGAAGAAGCUGAAACUGAGGCAGUUGAAGAGGAAACUACAGGAGAGGAGGAGGCUGAAGUUGAAACAACUGGUGAUGAGUCGGCACUAGCUGAAACUGCAGGAGAAGAAACAGCACUAGCUGAAACGGCAGGGGAAGAGACAGCUGACGACAAAAUAGCAGGAGAGGAAGAGAGUGCUGAAGCUGAGACAGCUGAAGAUGAAGAGGCAGGAAAUGGAGCUGAAGCUGAGGAGGAUGUAGAAAAAGAGGAAGCUGAAAAAGAAGAGAAAAUAGAGCCAGUAGUUGAGUCAAACAUCGAGGAGACAGCUAUCAGGAAAGACAACGUGGAGGAAACGGUUAAGGAAACUCCAGUGACCUCAUUCGAUGCCUUUGCCAGAGCAGAGUACUCUGAAGACGGUGCUUACUCCGAUGUUGAGGAUUCAGAGACUGAAGGAAACAAUGAGGAGUCAGAGGCCCAAGAGGACAAAGCAGAAGAGGAAGGUGGUACUGCAGCAGAGGCUGAGCUUCAGGUUGAGGAGACUACUGUUGAGGAGGAGGUGGAGGAAGGGGAGGAGGAGCAAGCAGAAGCUGAGGAGGAGCAGGCAGAAGCUGAGGAGGAGGUGGAGGAGGAAGCUGAAGAGGAGCAGGAAGUUCAGGAAACCCCAGUUGAAGAGACUCCAGUUGAGGAGCUGAAGGAGAAAGGGGAGGAGGAGCAGGCAAAAGCUGAGGAGGAGCAGGCGGAAGAUGAGGAGGAUUCAGCUGAAAGCUAUGCUGCUCCUGAGGAAGAGCCAGCCGAUGAGGCGGAUGAUGUCACAAGCAAAGGACAGUCUGAAGACGACGGUGAUGGCGAUGGACCUUCUGGGACAUCUGAGACGAGCCUACAUAGCCAGCCAACCAAAUCUUCCAUGGAAUCCCAACCAGGCUCGCUGGACGAAAUCCUGGAUGAAGAGGCAGAGAGAGAGUCCAACAGCGAGAAGAGUUGACAGACAGGGUCGGGGAUAGGCUCAGGCCACCACCUCUCUGUGAAGAGAAGGCAGAUGUACCUUAUGGACAAAGAGAACGAGAGCAGAGUGUCAGAAGUCACAGAGUCAGCCAGCGAGGUUCUCAAGCGACAAGUCGUCUCCCCAAAGAAUUUGACUUCAAAGAAGUCUCUGGCAAGAUCUGUCAAGUCAAGCAAGGCCAAAGAGAGUGAUAUUGAUCAAGACGAUCUUGAUUUCUAAAACUUCACUCUUCAAACUUAAUUUACGGUAUUUUGCUUGUUAAAAAAAAUUGGCCGAUGUUUAUAUAACCCCCUCAUUUUACCACAUUCUUGCCUACAUAUGCCUUUUAUACCUCCCGUGUGCAAUGCCGGUGAUGAGUGGUAGUAGUGGUGUGCAGAUGUGGGUGGUGUUUUUAUUAAAUCCAUUGAAUUUACACCAUCAAAAACAAAUCCAUUAUUCAUUCGUUCAGGUAGGUACUAAGAAAUAUUAUACGAUUAAUAACAUCUAAAAAAAAAAAAAAAAGAAUAGAAUAGCAUAUUUUGAGUUUUAAUCACCUCCAAAUGAAUGAAAUCAGUAGUUCAUUAUUUUGUUAAUUAAAGACACACCUACCUGAUCACAGUCAACACACACAUAUUUUAUGGUAAGAAUUUAAUGGAAUUUAACAGAAUAAAAUAAUAAUAUUAUUCCCACACAACUUGAGUCAUGGGGGGAAAAAAGGGGACAUUUUGAAGCAGAGCCCAAGCCCAUUGCCUUUUUGUUCCACGUUUCAUCUCUUUCCGACCCACUUUGUUAGGGGGCAGACGUAGAGGCUUACCUUGAGAGUAUCUGCAUCAUGAUACCCAGAGAAAAUAAUAGCAUACCUGUUUUCAAAAGCAUGUGAGUCUCAUGUUCAUAUUUCACAGCUCUUAAAGCGUAUAGGCUUUACGCGAUCGAGCAAGGUAACAGGUCUACUCUUGAUUUAGGCUACAUUAUUAGAUGCUAAAUGUUUCUAAUCACAGAUAGAUGAGCUAUAACCUCCACUUAUUUGCCCAGCCGGAGAAUCAACCAGAUCACAUUGAUCGAUACAAGUCAGUUAAGUAACAGGCUUUUGUUUGGGUGCAAGGCUGCUAAGGGCCUGGAGUGAAGAGCAAAGUAAUCCACUUCAUAAACUACAUAUCCUGAACAACAUGCUGGCAGAAUGUUCUGAUAAAUCAGCCAACUAGACUAAAUGUUCUGAUCAGGCCUAAUAAAUCAGCCAACUAGACUAAAUGUUCUGAUAAAUCAGCCAACUAGACUAAAUGUUCUGAUAAAUCAGCCAACUAGACCAAAUGCUCUGAUAAAUCAGCCAACUAGACUAAAUGCUCUGAUAAAUCAGCCAACUAGACUAAAUGUUCUGAUAAAUCAACCAACUAGACUAAAUGUUCUGUUACGUCCGUCGUCGGAAUGAGACCAAAGCACAGCGUGGAAAGUGUACAUCUUAAUUUAUUUUAGAAUGAACACCAAAAAAACAACAACAAAAGAUCAACGAAAGUAAAGUUCUGCAGGGCUAUACAGU